AUGCUCUCCAUUACGGUAGCGCAAUCGAGACGAUUAGAUACUGGACCACAAACAUUUGAUGACAGAAGUCCAGCAACGCAAAAAUCUCAAAAGAGAUAUGUAGCUGAAGAAGUUGUAGUAUAUUUAACACCCGAUCAAAUAAAAGCAAUUCAAGAAGGUAAAGGAUUCAUAGAUUCUAAUCCAGCAGACGCAGCAGAGAUAUCUGUAGAAAAUCAAGAAGAGUCUGAACAAUCGGAGGAAGAUGAAAGUUCUCAAAUAGAACCAGCUGAAUUAAAUUCUCAAACAUUAGAAGAGGAAGAGGAUGAAGUUGCCACAAAUCCUGAUGAAGAAGCCAAUUCAGAAGAAAUCGGAGAUGAUGCCCAACUUUCUUGGCUAAACAGAUAUUUGAACAGUUAUCUUGAAACUGAAAGACAGUCAGAAGAAGUUCAAGCCGAAUCUGAAGAAAAUGAAGAGGAAGCUGUAGAGGAAGCUGUAGAAGAACCACAGGAAGAUCAACCCGAAACUACGCAACAACAGAGAUUUAAACUCAUUCCAUUCGAAGCUACUAGUGAGAAGAGCACACCAAGCACAACUAAAACACUUCCAAACGAACCAAUUAGAGAACGCUUGCUACGUUUAUUGGAACAAAAUCAUAUCAUACUGAAGAGCGCGUUGUCUGAAGAAGAUCAAGCGGCUAAAAAUACGACCACCAUCGCUAGUACAGAACAAUCACGAGUAAAACCAGAGACUACAUUGGCUAAAUUGCGUUAUUCAGCCAAAUAUAGAGUUCAAAAUAAAUCAAAUACUAAUAAGGAUCAACGUAAAAAGAAUAGUUCAGGGAAACAAAAGAUUGUCAUUAGUGAAGUUCGAGCUCGAAAUGUAUCUAACAUAGUUCGCAAAGCCAACAGACAGCAGAAGUGGUCUAUUAAAGCAGAGCCUUUGGAUUUAAAAGCUUCCCGCCCUUACACUGCGCCUCUGAAGGUUUUAAAGUCAGUUACAGCACAAGCAGUAAAAACGGGCAACAAGGACGUAGAAGCGAAACAAUCAGCGGCUCCAGCUCGUGCAGUAGGAAUUAAACCAAAAGCUUCAUCACCAAAAAAAUCCUCUGCUAAUGUCGCCGAUACAUAUGUGGUGGAAAGUCGUACGCCUACCGAAACUGAGAGGCAAGGUGCUCCGGAAAUUCAAUCACGUCAGAAAGGCAAACCAGAGAGAUUAACUAUUAUUCGACAUGUGUUUGAGAAU